UACUCAUUUGAAUAUCAGCUGUUUAUCUGGUAUAUGUCAGAUAUUUAUCUGAAGAUCCCCUAUUUUUAUGGUUGUUAUUUAUUCUCAUUUAUUCGAAUAAAAUAAAAUGUAUUUAUUAUUCUCCCUUAAUGUUUAGCUGAAUUUUAAGUUUAAGUAUAAAUGGCUUCAUUUCAUUGGAAAAUAAAAAGGGACUAUUUCCAUAUAAAGAAGAAAUUAUUGAGAUCUACUGAAGAUCAUCCUUUGAAGAAUGUAGUGGUUACUGAGAGAAUUCCAAGAAAACUGUCUCAAAUUCCAAUCGAUAAUGGUUUGUCAGCAAACGAACAAACAAGUCAAGCAGAAGACAUUCUGGAUCCAUUGACAAUGUUGGCAUUAAAAGAUUUGGAUCCACUUUCAAGAAUGCAAAAAGAAGAUAUUGAUCUAAAUAUACAAAGUACAGAUGAACCUGAUUUGUCUCCUCUUGAUUUAUGGAACGUUAAAAAAACAGCUAUAUUGAACAAGUACACUACUUCAAGUAAAAUAUCUAUCACUUCAAAUGAAUGGCCACAGGGUGAUAAAGUUGAACGAAGUCAAAGUAUGGUGGAUAAAGUUCAAAACCGUUUAGAGCAAUUAGAUUCCAAUUUAGAGAACACCAAUAAGAAAAUGGAGGUCACUCAAGCGGAGUAUGUUGAAAGAAUAGAAAUGCUCAAGAGGGAACUGGAAGCUUCUUGGAAUUCUGAGCAAAGGGUAAAAGCAGUGAAGAUUGCCAUACAGUGUGCCAAAUUACUUGCAGAAACAGAGGAAAUGUCAUUUUAUCCCAGUAAAUUUGUUCAGAUCACUGAAAUUUUAGAUAUUUUUGGAAGUUUUGUUUAUAAUAGGCUCAAACAUAUGGCUGAGACUAAAACUAGUGGAGGUCGAACAGUUACACUUCCAGAAGAUUUCACACCCCAAAUGAUAUCAGAGUCUGCCAAAGAAACAUGCUUGAACUGGUUCCAUAAAAUAGCUUCGAUAAGGGAAUUAGUGCCUCGUUUAUAUGUUGAAUUAGCCAUUAUAAAGUCUUACAACUUCAUUUCUACGACGGAAGCACAAGAAGCGUUGUUUAGAAUCUCCAAUAUGAUAAAUGGUAUUGGUAAUCCUUUGGUUGCUGCUUACACAAGGUGCUAUUUGUGUAAAGUAGGACAAACCAUGUCUAUUUCUAGAAAGAAUAAUGCUUAUAUUAUGUUGAAUUUAGACUGCAUCAUCGAAAAUUAUAAUCAUCUAUUUACUCAAAAUGUAAAGAAGGCUUUAAACAGGGAACAAAUGACCAUGUAUAAGUAUUUCGACCUCUAUAUGCCUGCUUUAAACUUCAUUGUAGAGAUUCUUGCACUAAAUGCUUCUGAUGCGGAACUAGUGAAUAUUUUGCAGCAUUGCGUCAAGACGAAAAUAAGUUAUUUGGUGCUGAACUCGAUUUUAUUGGUGUUUAAACCGAGUUUUGUUGCUAAUCGAACAGUGGACUUUCUAGAAAUGAUAGGACAAUGUGCUGAUGACGGUUAUACAAUAUCUACGUUGCUCUGUUCAUUGGGCAGAGCUCUGGGUAAAUAUCCCCCGCCUUCAGAACAACUGAGACCGAUUCUUCGGAACAUAAAGAAAUUCAGCAGCUCCUUCUAUGACCUUGUAGAGUACAUAGUAUAUGUUGAAGCUUGGAUGCCAUUUGUUGCGAAGAAUUUUAAGGUUCGAGAAAUCAAUACUAUACUAGGGGAUAUUAUUGCUCGGAUCUUCAAUAGAGAUGACUGCGAUUAUUUCAUGAAUCAAAACAAGAUCAUUAUGAAGAUCCUAUUGGAAAACGUCGACGAUUUCGAGGCUCUAUUAACUGUGGAUAAUUUCUUACCGUUUUUCGACCUGUUCCAACAGGAUUCCGUCCGAAUGGAAAUGUGCAAGUUAGCACUGAAGAUAUUCUGCGAGAGCGAUAUUAAAAUUAGUGAUCCAGUGGUCGCCAGCACAUUGUCUUUCUUGUGUACCGUUUUGCAUGAUUCGGUGGAUGCUUUGACUCCUGAAGAUGAGCUGAGGCAGAUUGGCUCGAUAAUAUGUAUCGUCAUAAGGAAAAUUGAUUACGGAAGGGACGUAGAACAACAGCUCAGGUUUUAUGUGGAAGCUCGCAGUUCCUUCUCCAAUAUUGAUUCUGUUCUGAUAGAACUGGUCCAAAGAACUGCUGCACUCAUGGUGAAAACUAGGGAUAUAAUGCAGGGAUUUCAUAACCGCAAAACUGCAGAUUUUAUGCGAGCUUGUGCAGCUUACUGUUUCAUCACAAUCCCUUCUAUUUCAUCCACUACAGAUCGUUUGGAAUUGUAUCUUCUUUCAGGUCAAGUGGCUCUUUAUAAUCAGUGUUUGGGGCAAGCCGAUGGAUGCUUCAAAGCCAUCUUAAAAACAAUCACCGAAUAUGAUGCAGACCCGAACAGAGAUGAGCAUUAUUUGGUAUCCUUCGUUAAAAAGUUUCUUUCCACCAUUCUGAUAAUUCCGGACAAUCCAGAUUUUGGAGUAUUGAGUUUGCUCAGAUCGUUGCUCAACAUUUUACGCAAAUACGAUUGGGACCAAAAUGGGACAUCUCUACUAUCCAUUUAUCUUUGCGUGCUGGAUUUACUAUCUGUAAUGGCUCAGGAAACUUUACCGUAUCAUGUUGACAAAGUGGACUCGAACGACACCCUUUACGGCAGCGACGAGAAGUUCCUCAGCGAGAUAGAAAAGAUGUGCAAGAUAAUUUUAACGGAAGUCUUGAACCUUCUGAAAGAGAAAGGUACCUCUAAAAAGCAGUCUGCGCUCAUGUUGGAGCUGUUCGUUUGUCUAAUGAACAGAUGCGAUUUGGAAGACGGGUUGACACGAAAAUUGGCCUUCAACUUGUGGCAGCAGUGUCGGAAACAUGGAUUGAUCGAGAAAAAAUUCAUGGAAAGCAUAAAAAAAUACUAUAAACAUAAACGUUCAGAAAUAAACGAAGAAAUCAUGGAACAAAUAUUUCGAGACUAAAAUUGGAGAAAAUGAUGAGAUGUAAAUAUUGAUUUUUGUGAAGUGUAUUACAAGUAUAAA